AUGUCCCAACCGCACCACUGCAUCAGUUCUGAUCCUCAUGACUGCAUCAUCAAUCCUGUCAUUCACUAUUUUGCCUGCGUUCGGUUCACUGAGCGCGAGAAUUAUUUAAACUCACUGAGUCCCUCCCAGAAGGACCGCAUCAAUGACGAGAGGAAUCGUGUUGGCCGACUCCGACAGUUCAUCAAAUCGUCUGCCAUACCAAAAUCCUCGUCGCGCUCACACGGCACAACUCCGCCCGGGGCGUGGGACGGGGAGUCGCUAGUCACGAAUGUUGAGAAGAGUCUCAAGAAAUGGCAAGAAGAUUUCAAGAAGCGGCAGGAAGAAUAUCUUAAGAAGCGUCGAGAAGCUCUCAAUCAGGGACAGAGAACUGUUCCCAAUCACAGCCAUAGAGAGUUUAUAUCUGAGAUUCAAUCGCAGGGUCAUGACGGUUUCCGAAGUCUAUCUGCUUCCAUCUCUAGGACCCCUUUAGCAGAAUCGGGAGGCUCCAACAGCGCCGGCGAAUCCGGGACAGCCACCAUGGAUUAUGACCCCGACAAAGAUAUAAAGGCAUACCUUACGUUAUUCACGAGGGUUGAUGGUGAAGAUCAUCGGGUUGUGUACCGAGGGGUAAAGUUGGCCGACCAAGAUGGCCUACAAGGAAGUAUUGCGGAUUCACGGGCUUCUGAAGAUAUUAAGCGACAGAGGAGAGCUGUUUGGAAAGGGGAGUUCCCAGCGCAGAAGGCCAUGACUUACGACUUGCUCUCAAAACCAGAUGUGGGGGAGGGCCGAAACUGGACGAAUUACCUAUCCUGCAAUUUCAAGCGCAAAGAGUCUGAGCCGGCAUCUUGUUUAAGAUACUUCCAUUUUCCAGCGAAUAAUAUGGAGUGGGUUGAGAAAGCGAUUGCGAGAUUCUACGACGAGCCCGAUCCUGAAUGCCAAUACUUCAUUGGGACACCGACCGAAAACGCCACACCUUUGCUCAAAUCAUUGAUAUCCUCACAACAGAAGAGCGCGACCGAAAGGGAAUCGCGCCCAGAGUCACCAGAGAAGCCUCCUCCCCUUUGGAACAUUCAGUCGCUACCAGGAGCGGUUCUAGCUCAUUCGGCUCAGAGUAAACGGAAUCCAUCGAUAAAUACGCUGAAACGGGACCCCACUGGUAGACUUAAGUUCAGAAAACCACUGGCACAACUUUUGUACGACGUCUCCCGUCUCAUGGAGACCAUGGAGAAUUAUCGAGACACCAUGAUGUUCGAAAAGUAUCUCCAUAGGCCCGCUCCGUUGCAUCCACGCCGGACCCUCGACCAGGCGUACUACUGCUCCCUCAAAAACACGCGGACACGAGACAGAGACCAAGUCGUGUACCGUGAGACGACGGCCAAGGUGGAUGGCUUCCACAGAUGGGAGUAUACUGAUCAGGAUGAGGUCCGCUGGACUUGCUGGGAUUUACAUGAAAAGGACGGCAACGCUAGGAAGCCCAUCCAUUCUCAGGCCGAGGAUCAGAACCUCCAGUCGCGCAAUAACACCAAGUUAAAGAAGCGGUGUCGCGAUUGCGGUUCAGCCAGAAGACAUAAAAGGCGCUGGCUGGGAAAGGAAGCAUGUCCGGGAAAGCAUGAAGCCACGACUGAUGAGGAGCAGGUACCAAAGAAGAAACCAGAACGGCGGUGUCAAGUCUGCAGGUCCGCAGCCUUUGGAUGCGGAUACCAAUGCAAAUUGCCCGAUGGCGGCGGGGAAGCACCCCUGGGCAAUACUGAUCCGGUCAAGAAAAUAAUGUGUUUCAGAUGUCGGGACAACAUCCGCAAACUUUCGCGACUCAUUAUGGUCGACCAGUUGUGGAUGUGGAUCCUUGAUGGACACACCAUUCUGACCUUCUUCCCUCGGAGAUACGGUUUCAAUCGUCACGAUCUCUCGGGAAUACACAGGUCUAUCAGAAGCCGAUUCGAGACCAUGCGCGACGGCCAGAUAAGAACCAUUUAUGACUUGGCCCUUAUUAUCCUCACAGAAUGCACGAAAACGUUCUUCGAUCGCACAAGCACGCUUGAUCGGCAGCCGCGAGUGUUGGACCUUUUCUCCGAGGCUAUCGGAAGAGUUACGUACAAACAGACGCUAGCAUUCCAGCAUCUGUGGGAUUCGGCAGAGAAACUUCGGAAAGCGACGUCGGCGCCAACCCAAGCUGACCUCUCUGAGCUUCAUAUACCCUUACUCAACAUCGCGCCUGAGGGGAUACUCCAAAAGGAAAUCAAAGACAUUCUUGACGAGCUGAACAUGAUGAUUCAUUUCGUCAAGCAACAGAAAAGUAUGCUGGAGAAGUUCAAGAAGAACGCCUCGGAGAUCAUGGGCGUAGAGGUUGAGAACGAGUCGGAGAGGCUUACUGCUAUUUUGGAGGGAGCCGAGGGAGCUGCAACACCGCCUAACGCUGAUCGAAAGAAGAUUUUGGAGAAGAAACAAAACUUGAAAUGGUUCGAAAGGUCGGCGAAAGAACUCCUCUCUGAAAUUGACAACCACCUCGAGGAGCUCAACAACCUGAGGGAGAGUGCUACUAGCACAUCGCAGAGUUUGGACCAACUUCUCACACUCAAACAACAACAAGCGAGUGUCAUCCAGGCCUGGCAAUCCAUCAGACAUGGGGAGGAAGCAGUUAUCCAGGGGAGAGCCAUCAUGAUCUUCACCACGAUGACGAUUGUCUUCUUCCCGCUCGCAUUCAUUUCUGCGGUAUUUGGGAUGAACAAUCCCGAAUUAGACCCAGACGUGGCCGAGAAGGAAGGGAGGGAAGCCAUGUCGCUUUCGUCACAGCUAAAAUGGAUUUUUGCCGGGGCAAUUUGCACGUCCGCUCUGGUCAUGGUUUUCGCCUUCAGCAAUCUAAUGCGCGCCCUCUUUCUGUCCACACUGCACAGGUUCAUGAUCUGGUUCGUGACCCGCUUCUGGAUCUAUCGCAUUUGGGUCAAAUUGCGCCAGAAGUGGGCCAGCGAGAGCCAGUGGCGGCAGACAGAAGCAUACAUCAGCAAGCAGAAGGCUGAGGAAGGCAACGCCGCGAGGCGACGCUUCGCGAUGAAGGUGGAGGAAGCACAGCAUUCCUUUGCGGUAGCGUUUGUUCAUCCCGUCGUAGAGACCGCCGCUGACGUCUAUGAUUAUCACUUGCUGUUCAACUAG